AAGUCCACUUCAGAGACUAUACAUAUCAGUCUCACAGCAGAGUGAACCCUUUCAGGCCUGUGUGUUCAGUUGAUCCAGAUUCUCCAGAUUUAAACACAGAAUGAAGUUGCUUUUUUGUAUUUUUGUGGUUUGCUCGUCCCUUACUAUAGGGACCUGCACAGAAGAUACAACUCAAAAUAGCACAACUGGCCAGAACCCAGAAGAGGACUCGUCUUCGGACUGGGGCAUCGGAACAAUUCGAGAUGGUUUUGAGGCAGUAAAUGGUGUUUUCGACUCAUUUUUGGAACUACUGGGUGGUAGAAAUGGGGUUUGUCAGUACAAAUGCCGAUAUGGUAAAGCUCCGUUACCCAGACCAGACUACAAACCUCCUGAACCCAAUGGCUGUAGUUCCUAUUUCCUUGGUCUCAAGGUACCCGAGAGUUUGGAUAUGGGGAUCCCAGCAAUGACUAAAUGCUGUAACCAGUUGGAUAUCUGUUAUGACACAUGCGGGGCAAACAAGUACAGAUGUGAUGCCAAGUUCCGAUGGUGUCUCCACUCCAUAUGCUCUGAUCUCAAGAAGAGUCUGGGUUUUGUCUCCAAAGUAGAAGCCUGUGAAUCAGUUGCAGAUACGGUAUUCAAUACUGUCUGGACUCUGGGAUGCAGACCAUUCAUGAACAGUCAGAGAACAUCCUGCAUCUGCAAUGAGGAGGAACGAGAAGAACUCUGAGGCAGGAGAUGCUUCUUGAUCAUCCACCAGACUAUCGUGAUAACCGCAGUAUUAUAUAAUUUUUCACCUGCAAGACUCUGCAAAGCUCUCCCCUACUGGACAGCUAGUCAUCAAGAUCAACUUUAUAAUCUCAGCUGGUAAAGAGUUAUCGUGAUACCAAACUUUACUUAUUCCAUUUUGGGGCUAGAAACAUUUUCAUGAGAUGAACCCAAGCCACAGAAUAUAUAUGGUCUGAGUUUCAUACAAAAUAAGGAUUCUGAUGCUUACCAUAAUGGUUUUUAGAGUGACCGAGGCCUGAGAUCAUGCUAUUAUUGUAACACUGACGAAGAAAUGCCAGUGGAGAUAAUUUUGUUUCUUUAUGUAUUGAUGUAUGCAUUGGACUUUGUUAAUAUACUUGUUCCCAAACAAGUACGGCAGAGCUUCGAGCAACACAUGACAAAUAAUUUUUUUUUGUCUCAAUAAAGUAGCAUAUUAGUG